AUGGCCCCACGCCCAGAUAAUAUCGACGUCCUCGUCGUCGGGAGCGGCAACGCAGGCUUCUGCUCCGCCAUCUCGGCCUCCGAAUCCGGCGCCCGUCGCGUCCUCCUCAUCGACUCCUGUCCUGAAGAAUGGGCCGGAGGAAACUCCUACUUCACAGCCGGCGCCUUCAGGACCGUGCACCACGGACUCCCAGACGUCCUCCCGAUCGUGAACAAUGUAGACGACGCCAAAGCGUCCCGGAUCGACAUGGAACCGUACACGGACGCCCACUUCUCAGACGAUAUUGAGCGGAUCUGCGUUGGCCGGUCGGAUCCGGAUCUCUCGCGCUCUCUGGUUCAGGGUAGCAAUGAUGCGGUCAAGUGGUUAGCGGGGCAUGGGGUGCGGUUUCAGUUGAGUUUUAAUCGGCAGGCGUAUGAGAUUGAUGGGCGGUUCAAGUUCUGGGGUGGGCUGUGUCUUAAGACGCAGGAUGGGGGGAAAGGUCUGAUUGAGGAUGAGCGACGGGUAGCAGAGAGGUUGGGUAUUGAAGUACUGUUCUCGACGGCUGCGAAGCGGCUGGUUCUCGAUCCUAGGACUAGGGCAGUCAGCUCGGUUAUUGUCGAGGAUGCAACGGGGGAGACGGAGAUUCGCGUGGGGGCCGUGGUGUUGGCAGCUGGUGGGUUUGAAGCGAACCCACGGAUGAGGGCGCAGUUCUUGGGGCCUGGAUGGGACUUUGCGAAAGUGCGUGGGACGCCGUACAAUAUCGGGUCUUGUUUGGAGAUGGCCAUGCGGGAUGCAGGCGCAAAACAGGCGGGGAAUUGGUCGGGAUGUCACUCUGUUGCUUGGGAUGCGAAUGCGCCUGCGAAUUCAGGGGAUCGAGUAAUUUCGAAUGAAUUUACAAAGUCUGGGUAUCCGCUUGGGUUGAUGCUUAAUACCGAGGGGAGGAGGUUUGUGGAUGAGGGUGUGGAUAUGCGCAACUAUACAUAUGCGAUCUUUGGGAAGGCGAUCCUCGGACAGCCUGGCCAUGCGGCGUUUCAGGUCUGGGAUGCUACAAUGGCGCCCUGGCUACGGAGUGAAGAGUAUCGUGACGAAGUUGUGGAGAGGAUAACAGCUGCGACGUUGGAGGAGCUCGCUGAGAAAUGUGCCAAACGGGGGCUCAGGAAUCCGAGUCAGUUUCUGGCUACAAUCAAGGAGUAUAACGAAGCUGUUGCAGCUUUCCAGCAAGAGAACCCCGGCCAUAAGUGGGAUCCUGCCGUCAAGGAUAGGCUUUCCACGCAGUCGACUCGGAAACAGCUGGCUCUGCCAAAGUCGAACUGGGCUACGCCGCUUACGCGUGGACCAUAUGUCGCCGUGAAGGUAACCUGCGGUGUGACCUUUACAUUUGGUGGGCUGGAGGUUGACCAUCAGACUGCGGGCGUCAUUUCGUCGGCUACCAAUUCACCCGUGCCUGGCUUAUACUGCGCCGGCGAAAUGCUGGGAGGUCUGUUCUACGACAACUAUCCCGGAGGCAGUGGCCUAACAUCCGGGGCUGUAUUUGGGCGGAGAGCCGGUUGUGCAGCGGCAGCGCAGGCUGGCCAGAGCUCUGCAGCAAGGCUUUAA